AUGGGUUCUGUAACUGCUUCCGAAACACCGGCCAUGGCCACCGACCCAAAGUUCAUCUUCUUUACCGACUUUGACGGCACCAUCACCACGGCCGACUCCAACGACUACAUGACUGACAACUACGGCUUUGGACGUGAGAAGCGCGCUGCCGGCAACCACGAUGUCUUGACGGGCAAAGUUAACUUCCGCGAGUCCUUUGAGGAGAUGAUGGACAGCAUUGACAUGCCAUACGACCAGUGCAUCCAGGUUCUGCGUGAAAGCGUCAACCUAGACCCCGGCUUUAAGGAGUUCUACGAUUGGGCCCAGGCCAACAACGUCCCCAUCGUCAUCCUUAGCGGUGGCAUGCAGCCCAUUAUCCGCGCCUUGCUCGAUGUCCUGCUCGGCCCUGGAUGGAACAUUCAGAUUGUCAGCAACGACGUCGCUGCCCGUGAUGGCAAGAGCAUUAACGAAAAGGGCGGCUGGAGAAUCACUUUCCACGACGACAGUAUCCACGGACACGACAAGUCUAUCGAAAUUCGCAAAUACUCGUCGCUUCCCAACCGUCCUACUAUGUUCUAUGCUGGCGACGGAGUAUCAGAUCUCUCUGCUGCCAGAGAAACCGACCUACUAUUUGCCAAGGCCGGAAAGGACCUAGUUGACUACUGCGAGACGGAAAAGAUUCCAUUUGUCACAUUCCGCGACUGGACUAGCAUCACCCAAACUUGCAAGGAUAUCGCUGCUGGCAAGACGACUGUCGAGGCCGCCGCUAAGGGCCGCAUUUAG